AUGAAGUUACCGAGUUCAGAGUUUGACGACAAUGGACGUAGGAUAGAGCAGACGUAUGCGCACAAUCGAGUGCGUACCGCCAAAUAUACACCUAUUUCGUUUAUACCCAAAAAUCUGUUUGAACAGUUUCGUAACGUUGCCAACCUUUAUUUUUUAUUCCUUGUCAUUCUUCAGUGUAUUCCAUUGUUUGGUGUAGUAGAACCGGGAGUUUCCGCUAUUCCCCUCAUUUGCAUUCUCAUCAUUACUGCCAUUAAAGACGGCAUUGAAGAUCUAAAACGAAACCAGAGCGAUCAACGAGUCAACUGUGCCAAAACAUUAACGCUCAGUCAUUGGACCAACGUCAACAUCCCAGAGGAAGAAAAGAAGGGCCGAUUUCAUUUUGUGAAUGUGUUUUUAGGCUUCUUUUGUAUGAUGGCAGGUGUCGACAAUCGAUUUUCACAUGCGUAUCGGAUGUCGCUGGUGAAGGACAAACCCUCACCCAGGGUCAAUCUCAACUUUGAUGAUGAUAAAUCUCCCUUAAACGAAGUAGAAGAAAAUAAUUCGAUACCAGAGAUUGUAGAGGCAGAAACACCUGAUUUUUUAGCUCCACCAUCAUCCGCCAAAUUCUAUGAUAAAGUACGAUUACGGUCAGAUACUAUUCGAUCCGAAAUCAGCAAUAUUUUCACCAACAAGGUCAAGUUUUACCGUCCUGGGUCGAUUCCUCAUUCGGUGUUACACCGUGCACCUACGCCAGAUGUCAGACGUGUUUCUUCAGUGAUGCCAGGUGCGUUGAAAUGUUCCGAUUUACCUGCGGGUGAACCGCCAGCUGAGCAUUGUAAAGUGUGGUGGCAAGAGGUGCAAUGGCAGGAUGUAAAUGUGGGUGAUUAUGUCAUGAUUCGAAAUGAUGAAGAUGUGCCUGCCGAUAUAGUUAUCUUGUCAACGUCAGAAAAGGACAAUUUGUGUUACGUUGAAACUCAGAAUUUAGACGGUGAGACCAAUCUCAAGGUACGACAGGGCUUAAAGGCGACAGGAGAAUUGCGAUCGGUGCAUGACUGUGAGCGCGCUUGUUUUUAUUUCGAGAGUGAGCCUCCACAUGCCAACAUCUAUCAGUACAAUGGUGUCAUGCGCUGGGAUAUCGAACAGCCGAAUGCGGGAGGUGCUACCAGUGUGUCACAUCAAAAAACAGAGGCUGUCACCUAUAACAAUCUCUUAUUACGUGGAUGUGUGCUUCGAAAUACCAGAUGGGUGAUUGGCAUCAUUGUUUACACAGGUGAUGAAACAAAAAUUAUGCUGAAUUCAGGAAAAACUCCAUCCAAGCGUAGUAAAAUGGCUAAAUCCACGAAUCCUUACGUCAUUGCCAAUUUUUGCAUUCUGGCUGUACUUUGUAUCAUCAGUUCCAUUUUAGCAAGUACGAACUUUUAUGCCCCUGGUUCUUCUCGUUACUUUGAUUUUAAUAUCGAUGGUUCCAGUGGUUCUUAUCUAGGUUUUGUGACUUUUUGGGUGACCUUGAUUCUGUACCAAAAUAUUGUUCCCAUUUCACUGUAUAUUUCCGUAGAGAUUGUAAAGACAUUUGCAGCUUACUUCAUUUAUGCAGAUAUAGACAUGUAUUACGAGCCCACUGAUACACCGUGUGUGCCCAAGACGUGGAAUAUUUCAGACGAUCUUGGACAGAUUGAGUAUAUAUUUUCGGACAAGACGGGUACAUUAACACAAAAUGUGAUGGAAGCGCGUAAGUGUACGGUGGGAGGCGUUGCGUAUGGUAUUGGCAAGACGGAGACGUCGAUGGGAGCGGAUAUUAGACGAGGAUCUGUUGUAUCGGAGAAGGAGAUGGAAGCCAAAAAUGAAGCGUAUUUGGAAAAGGCACGAGAGGAAAUGUAUCGACGUCAGGAAGAACUCUUCACGAACAAGUAUCUGGGAGACAAGCCUACGUUUGUGGACCCCAAGUUCUUUGUGGAUAUAGGCAAGGAGGAUAAGCAUGCGACGGAUAUGAUUCAUUUUUUCACGACGUUGGCACUGUGUCAUACCGUCAUUGCGGAUCGUCCUGAUAAACAGAAUCGACAUGUGAUUGAUUAUAAAGCACAAUCACCGGAUGAAGCAGCGUUGGUGUCAUCUGCACGGGAUUUAGGGUUUGUUUAUUUGGGCCGUGAAGCCAACACCUUAACGGCGGAAAUCCUGGGCAAGAAGAAGAAAUACGAGCUGAUGAAUGUGUUGGAAUUCAACUCGACGCGUAAACGUAUGAGUGUCAUUUUGAAGCCAGAGGACAGUGAUCGUAUUGUGUUACUGUGUAAAGGUGCGGAUUCGGUGAUUUACGAACGAUUGUGCUCUGAUUUCGGAGAUCAGGAAGAAUUGAGGCAAUCACAGACCGAGUUACAUGAUGUCACGUUGGAACAUUUGGAAGAGUUUGCGAACGAAGGUUUGCGUACGCUUUGUUUGGCUUAUCGGUUUAUCUCGCCGCAAGAGUACAAAAAAUGGAACAAACGAUACCAGGAAGCCAGUGCGGCUAUUUAUAAUCGCGAGGAAAAGAUUGAAGAAGUGUGUGAGGAGAUUGAGACUGACAUGUUGUUGAUGGGUGGUACGGCUAUUGAGGAUCGAUUACAGGAUGGUGUACCUGAGACGAUUGCAGAAUUAGCGCAGUCGGGGAUCAAGCUGUGGGUGUUGACAGGUGAUAAAACCGAGACGGCGAUUAAUAUUGGAUUCUCCUGUAAUUUGAUUACGUUGGAUAUGGAACUUUUGUUGGUUCGAGCGGAUAAUCGAGAAGAUACCCUAAAAUCGAUGGAGGAAGCGCUGGAGAAAGCCAACACGGUGGAAGGAGAUAAGAAAUGUGCUCUUGUGAUUGAUGGUACGACGUUGAAAUUCGCUUUGGAGCCGAAGAACAAGGACUCGUUGUUAGGCCUGGGUAUGCGAUGUGCCAGUGUGAUUUGUUGCCGUGUGAGCCCAAAACAAAAGGCCGAAGUGGUUCGUUUGGUGAAGAAGGGUUUGAAAGUCAUGACGCUGGCCAUUGGGGACGGUGCCAAUGAUGUUUCCAUGAUUCAAGAGGCUAACGUUGGUGUGGGUAUCUCUGGUGUGGAAGGUCGACAAGCGGUGAUGGCUUCGGAUUAUGCGAUUGCCCAAUUCAGGUUUCUGCAAAAGCUGUUAUUGGUACAUGGUCGAUGGUCUUAUUUGAGAACAGCUGAAAUGAUUAUGGGCUUCUUUUUUAAGAAUAUCGUUUGGACUUUUGUCUUGUUUUGGUACCAAAUCUUUUGCCAGUUUAAUGGAUCCAUGAUGUUUGAUUACGCCCUUGUUGCACUUUACAAUCUUAUUUUCACUUCGCUGCCUAUUAUCUUUUUGGGUAUUUGGGAUCAAGAUGUGAGUUCCAAGGUGUCACAAUCCUACCCUGAGAUGUAUCGUAUGGGACUUCGUAACGACAAGUUUAAAUCAUGGCGGUUCUAUUUGACUGUAGUAGAUUCUAUCUUCCAAUCUGCUAUCUGUUUCUUCUUUCCUUACAUGCUUCUUUUAGAAGGCGGCAUUGAGCCCAAUGGAAGAGACCAAAACGGCAUGUAUGAACUAGGUACGAUUAUUUCGGGUAUCACUGUGAUUGUAGCGAAUUUCUUUGUGAUGUUAUCGUUGUACAGUUUCACAUGGAUCCAGGUUCUGUGUAUCUCGUUGUCGAUUUUAUCCUACUAUGUAUUUGUAUGUGUGUAUGCUCAAUUCAAUACGUUUAUCUUUGCGGGUCAUUCCGCCAUCUUUGGUACGGGCAGUUAUUGGUUGGUGCUGAUUUUGACGGUGGUAACAUGUUAUAUCCCCCGUACGGUGGCCAAGCAUUAUUUACAUCAGUAUCGUCCCUAUGACAAUGACAUUGUACGAGAAAAGGAACUUGUUUUGCAUGAUGGUCGUACCCAGGGAAACCAUCAUCAUCGGGAUAGUGUUACUACCAAAGUGAAUCCGGAACCUCCUAAAAAGACUGGAUCUAGUUCUUCAAGCCCUGUACUAUAA